AUGGAUCCAUCCAAAUUAGAAAAAUUGUUCGAACAGCAGCUGAAGCUGAUGGAGAUGAUUACUCAGACGCACAUAUCUUCUCGAGUCCCAACUACACCGAAAAUUCCUGAAUCACUUGAUGGUAUUACCAGUGGUAUCUCAGAAUUUCUUUAUGAUCCUGAUGCCAACAUUACAUUUGAUACCUGGUUCAGACGUUAUGAAGACCUUUUCAAAGUUGACCUUGCUGACAGAGAUGAUUCGUGGGAGGUGCGUCUUCUUCGUAAACUUGGUCCAUCCGAGCUGGGUAAGUAUUGCAACUUCAUUCUACCGCAGAACCCACGCGACCGUUCAUUCGACGCCACUAUUCAGUCCCUUAGCCAACUUUUUGGUGAUCAUCACUCACUCUUCAGUACCCGAUAUCGCUGCUUAAAACUGGUCAUGAAUGAAUCUGAUGACUUCCUAACCCACGUCGGCGUUGUUAACCGUGAGUGCGAACGGUUCAAGCUCAGAUCCCUCACUGAAGACCAAUUCAAGUCCCUAAUGCUCAUAUGCAGUCUUCAGUCACCCAAAUUCUCCGACAUCAGAACUCGGUUGCUUAACCGCCUUGAACAAGAUCCAACACUGACACUCAAUGCGAUCAUAGACGAGUACCAGCGCAUCAUUAAUCUGCAGCGUGACACCACUUUGGUUCAAUCUGGGGGCCAGGGUGGUUCCGAAGUUCAUGCUGUUCAGCACCAGAAAAAAUCUUCGAGAUCGACAAACUCGAGUCCUUCGAACGCCAGCGCUGUUUCUAUCUCUAAUCACUCUAAACCGGUUCAGAAGAAGCCCCCCUCGCCAUGUUGGCACUGUGGAGCCUGGCAUUAUGUGAAGUUCUGUCCAUUCAAACAGCAUGUGUGCGAUCGCUGUCAGAAAGUUGGUCACAAAAGCGGCUUUUGCUAA